AUUCUGCUUUUCAUCAUGUCUUUUCUUCGUCCAAUGAAUUUGGUGGCCAUUUGCCGAGGGGUCUCCACUUCUGUGUGCAUGAAUAAUGUGAGGGUAAUGAUAUCAGCUCAACAGCAGGCUAGGAUGAUGAAGAAAUUCAUGGCAGCUGCCAAGAAAAAGGAAAGGAUGCUGCAGGCCCCCGCGGCGGUGGACAGCGGCGCCGGCGACACUGGCGACGAUGGCACCGCCAGUUCGACGGACCCGGUGCGGAUCCGACCACUGCGCGCCGGCAGUGCGCGGCACCGACACCGGCUGGAGGCGCUGAGCGCCAUCUACCUGCAGCGGCUCACCGAGCUGCUGUGUCUGGGCGAGCUGCUACCCGACCUGGCCGACACCGGGCUGGCCGUCACCAGGGUCCAGCUGUCGGGCAACAUGCGUCUUCUGUACGUGUUCUGGACGUGCUCGGCGGGCGCGGACGAGCGCCGCAUAGCCUCCCGAUUGGAGGAGGCCGGUCGACCCCUGCGUGCUGCGCUCACUCAGCAGCGCGUCACCGGACACGUGCCCGGCAUCAAAUUCGUCAGAGACGUGGAGAGCAGCCUUCUGCAGGAGGUGGAGCGCCGCCUGGCCGUGGCCGACUUCGGUCCCGAUUUCGUGCCGACCGACCCGACCCACCUGGUGAAGAGGCAGGGUGUGCUCGGCCUGCCGCUCACUGCCCAACACACGGAGCACCUGCUGGGGAGUGACUCGCUGGACGGCGGCUCAUCAGAUGACUCGGCCCCCGACUCCGUGUUUGAGGAGCUCGAGAUGCCUCACACGACCGGAGGGCUGAACCGGGCCGCUAUCCUCGCAGAGGUAGAGGAGCGACUGCUGAAGGCCUCGGCGCUGCACAGACAGGUGGAACUGCACCCAGAGGCCGUGACGCCCACCGUCCCUGCGGUCGGCGCUGCUACCCCCGCUCAGCGUGAGCAGCUCUCCUUUGAGAGGUUCACUAAGCAGAGGAAGUGGGCCAGGAUGAGACGGAACAAAGUGAGCAGCACGGUGGACCUCCGGGAGUGGGAGAGCUCCAGGCGCCGCCGACCGGAGGAACUCCAGGAGGACCGGGAGGAGGAGGAAGACUGCCAGGACCGGGAGGACGCACCACGGUGGGACGGGGAGGGGACGCAGCGGCACUUGUAGUGGUGGGUGGCCUGAGGACCAGUCGCUGCUGUGAUGAUUUAUGGAUGUGUUAAGUGAUAAUAUAUCAGUCAAAAGGUCUCAAA